GCAUUUGAGACCGCUUUCAUCUUCGACAUCAACAUGUCUGCCCAAGACGCUGCCAAACGCGAAACCGCCGCCACGAGCGAGGUGGAUGCGAAGCGCUCUCGCGCUGACCAGCCCAAGCCAUUUGUCUCGAUCCCCGACAACUUUGACGGCUACGCCCUCGACUCGUUUUGCAUCCCCAAGCACUACGAAGACUCGCUUGAGCGCAUUCUCCUGCCCCACGGCAUCAUCAUGGACCGUGUGGCCAAAAUGGCGCGCGAUAUCGUGAGCGAUCUCGAGUACGAGCCUUUGACUUGCUUGUGCAUUCUCAAGGGCGGCCACCAAUUCUUUGCGGACCUGGUUGAUCGCAUCAAGAUGCUCAACGAGUCCGGUCCCCUCUCACUGCCUCUUCGCAUUGACUUUAUCCGCGCCAAGAGCUACGAAGAUGACCACAGCACUGGCAAGGUUCAGAUCAUCGGUGGCGAUAACAUGGAAUCCAUUCGUGGCCGCAAUGUCCUGAUUGUGGAGGACAUGAUUGAUACCGGCAACACCAUGGUCAAGCUGCUCGCGACACUGCGCGAGUAUGAGCCCAAGACCCUGCGCGUUGCCAGCCUCUUUGUGAAGCGCACGCCGCUGAGCAACGGCUACAAGCCCCACUGUACGUCUGAUCGACCAAGCAACACGUAUCCAACUAGGGCCUCGCCUCUUCUCCCGUUGCUCAUGUCCACGGCCUUUCUAGACACGGGCUUUGAAGUUCCCAACCACUUUGUCGUUGGCUACGCCCUUGACUACAACGAGUACUUCCGGGAUCUGCCGCAUGUCGCUAUUCUGAACGACACCGGCAAAGAAAAGUACAAAAUGUCGAGCCACGAUUAAAUCACCCAGCCUUUUGGCUUCUUUCAUCACAUAAUCAAUGUCAACCGCCCCGGUCUAUGACACGGACAUUGAUAUCUUGUGCUUUUUCUUUCUCUUUUUCGAGUUUGUUUGUUGUUUGUUGUUUGUUUGGGCUCAUCGUUUCUGGUUUGUCUUCUUUCGUUUCAAUCGUUUUAGUCACGCUCAUAUUUUGUCCUGCAUCUGCUGCUGUGGCAGUCUUCUGGGGAGGAUUGAUGAGGCGUAGAUCUCGAGUUGAGGCUACAAUUUC